AAUGUAAAUAUACUGUGCCCGUAUUAAUGCGCUGAAGGAAAAGCACUUGCAGCUGUGUAUGAGAGAAGCGUUCGUUACAUUUCUGGCACUUCUGUGUGUUUCUGAGACAAAUUUACUCUUCCUUUAGCAACCAUGAAGUUUCAAUACAAAGAAGAGCAUCCUUUUGAGAAGAGGCGAUCAGAGGGAGAGAAAAUCAGGAAGAAAUAUCCAGACAGGGUUCCUGUAAUUGUGGAAAAAGCUCCUAAAGCCAGAAUAGGUGACCUAGACAAGAAGAAAUACCUGGUCCCCUCCGACCUGACGGUGGGCCAGUUUUACUUUCUCAUCCGAAAACGAAUCCACCUGAGAGCAGAGGAUGCUCUCUUCUUCUUCGUAAACAAUGUCAUUCCCCCUACCUCUGCCACCAUGGGCCAGUUGUACCAGGAACAUCAUGAAGAAGAUUUCUUCCUUUACAUCGCCUACAGUGACGAGAGUGUGUAUGGAGAAUAGAGCCAAAUGGGAAAUGAACCUCACCCUCCUCUCUUUCUUCCUUUUAAAACAGUAUAUAGACGUCAUUCUGGUGGCCUUGUGCUCUCAGAACUGAAGUAACCGAUGCACUUUUGCUUUAAUUCGAUCAUAUAUCCUUUCAUGUUUUAUCCUUUUAUUUCUGAUGUUUAUUAGAAUUUACCAAGAAGUAGUUUUUCCAUUGGUGUCUUACAAAACUGUCAGGCACUAGCUCUAAUACAAUGAAAAUGUCACUGAUACCGUUCAGGUUUUGUUUCCUAGUCAUGCUCAUUUUUAAUGUUUUUGACCGUAAACGAAUGUUUGCUCUUUCUAGAUGGUUUCUAACUAGCAUGUGCAGUCCAGCACUCGCUGGUCGGUCAGUUGAGAAUUCGCACAAGUGUAUUACUUGGAUUUACUUUUAUUAUUGUACCUAAAAAGUAGCUGGUUAGAUUUAUUUUAAGUUGUAAAUCUAAAGUGCAAGUUUUAUUUGCAGUUUUUGUUUUUUCUUAUCUUGGUAUUCAGCUGUAUUUCUGGUACCCUUGACGUUGACCAUAUAAACCAAACGCACGUGAAA